CCAUAUAUCUGACAGAAUCGCGCUCUCGCUUCCUUUUUGGUUGGUUGUGGAGAGAAGCUUCGUGUCUCCUUUAAUCCGGCUCCAUCCGGCCCGGUGCUGAGCCCCGCGCACCAUUCGCCGCCAUGCCGCCCAAGUUUGACCCCAAUGAGAUUAAAGUCGUGUACCUCAGAUGCACAGGUGGUGAAGUGGGGGCCACUUCGGCCCUGGCUCCUAAAAUCGGGCCACUGGGUUUGUCUCCCAAAAAGGUAGGGGAUGACAUUGCCAAAGCUACUGGAGACUGGAAGGGCCUGAGGAUCACCGUCAAGCUGACCAUCCAGAACAGGCAAGCUCAGAUUGAGGUGGUCCCGUCCGCUUCCGCCUUGAUCAUCAAAGCCCUGAAAGAACCACCACGUGAUCGCAAGAAGCAGAAAAACAUUAAGCACAGUGGCAGUGUCGGCUUUGACGAGAUCUUGAAUAUCGCUCGGCAGAUGCGGCACCGGUCUCUGGCCCGGGAGCUCUCAGGAACCAUCAAGGAGAUCCUGGGAACAGCCCAGUCUGUUGGCUGCAAUAUUGACGGGAGACACCCUCAUGACGUCAUUGACGAUAUCAACAGUGGUGCUGUUGAAUGUCCGGCGAACUAAGACUGCGGCUGAAACGGACUCAACACAGCAAGUUCUGUCGCCUGUUUUGAUAAUUAAAAAAGGUAGUUUGUUGUCCAGCG